CUUCUGACUACAGCAAUUGAUUCUUCAACCGGGAUACCUAAUUCCAGACCUGCAGGAAUCAGGAGACAGACAUUUUCUCAGUUUUGCGACAUUGGAGCAAGCACAAUGAAGUAUUCUUGCUGUACUCUGGUUUUGGCUGUCCUGGGCACGCAGCUGCUGGGGAGCCUCAGUUCCAGCAUCAGGUCCCCAAGAUUCAGAGGACGGAUACAGCAGGAGAGAAAAAACAUACGACCCAACAUCAUUCUUGUGCUCACCGAUGAUCAAGACGUGGAGCUGGGGUCCCUGCAAGUCAUGAACAAAACCAGAAGGAUUAUGGAGCGUGGCGGGGCCACCUUCACCAAUGCCUUCGUGACCACGCCCAUGUGCUGUCCCUCCCGCUCCUCCAUGCUCACUGGCAAGUACGUGCACAACCACAACAUCUACACCAACAACGAGAACUGCUCUUCCCCCUCCUGGCAGGCGGUGCACGAGCCUCGGACGUUUGCUGUCUAUCUGAACAGCACCGGCUACAGAACAGCCUUUUUUGGAAAAUACCUCAAUGAAUAUAAUGGCAGCUACAUCCCUCCUGGGUGGCGAGAAUGGCUUGGAUUAAUCAAGAAUUCUCGUUUCUAUAAUUACACUGUUUGUCGCAAUGGCAUCAAAGAAAAGCAUGGAUUUGAUUAUGCGAAGGACUACUUCACAGACUUAAUCACUAACGAGAGCAUUAAUUACUUCAAAAUGUCUAAGAGAAUGUAUCCCCAUAGGCCCAUUAUGAUGGUGAUCAGCCAUGCGGCGCCCCACGGCCCCGAGGACUCGGCCCCACAGUUUUCAGAACUGUACCCUAAUGCUUCCCAACACAUAACUCCUAGUUAUAACUAUGCGCCCAAUAUGGACAAACACUGGAUUAUGCAGUACACAGGACCCAUGCUGCCCAUCCACAUGGAAUUCACAAACGUUCUACAUCGCAAACGGCUUCAAACUUUGAUGUCAGUGGAUGAUUCUGUGGAAAAGCUAUAUAAUAUGCUUGUGGAAACGGGUGAGCUGGAGAACACUUACAUCAUCUAUACCGCCGACCACGGUUACCAUAUCGGGCAGUUUGGACUGGUCAAGGGGAAAUCCAUGCCAUAUGACUUUGAUAUCCGUGUGCCUUUCUUUAUUCGUGGGCCAAGUGUAGAACCAGGAUCCAUAGUCCCACAGAUCGUUCUAAACAUUGACCUGGCCCCAACCAUCUUGGACAUCGCGGGGCUUGAUGCGCCUCCUGACAUAGACGGCAAGUCUGUACUCAAACUUCUGGACCAGGAAAAGCCAGGUAACAGGUUUCGAACAAACAAGAAGGUCAAAAUUUGGCGUGAUACAUUCCUCGUGGAAAGAGGGAAAUUUCUACGUAAGAAAGAGGAAUCAAACAAGAAUAUCCAACAGUCUAAUCACUUGCCUAAAUAUGAGAGGGUCAAAGAACUGUGCCAGCAAGCCAGGUACCAGACAGCCUGUGAACAGCCCGGGCAGAAGUGGCAGUGCGUCGAGGACACGUCUGGCAAGCUUCGAAUUCACAAGUGCAAGGGCUCUGGUGACCUGCUCGCCGUCCGACAGAGCACGCGGCCCCUCUUUCGUGGCUUCCAGGACAAGGACAAAGAGUGCAGUUGUGGCGAGUCCGGGUAUCGGGCCAGCAGGAGCCAGAGAAAGAACCAGAGGCAGUUCCUGCGGAACCAGGGGACCCCAAAGUACAAGCCCAGAUUUGUCCAUACCCGGCAGACGCGUUCCUUGUCAGUCGAAUUUGAAGGCGAAAUAUAUGACAUCAAUCUGGAAGAAGAAGAAUUGCAGGUCUUGCGGCCAAGAAACAUUGCCAAGCGUCAUGAUGAAGGCCGCCAGGGGCCUGGAGGCCUCCAGGCAACUGGCGGUAGUGAUGGGGAUACAAUGCUGGCGGACAGUGGCAAUGUCGUGGGCUUGCCCACCACCGUCCGUGUGACGCACAAGUGCUUUAUUCUUCCAAAUGAUACAAUCCAUUGUGAGAGAGAACUUUAUCAAUCAGCCAGAGCCUGGAAGGACCACAAGGCCUUCAUUGAUAAAGAGAUUGAAGCUUUGCAAGAUAAAAUUAAGAAUUUGAGAGAAGUGAGAGGGCAUCUGAAGAGAAGGAAGCCUGAGGAGUGUGGCUGCAGUAAACAGAGCUAUUACAACAAAGAGAAAGGUGUGAAAAAGCAAGAGAAAUUAAAGAGCCACCUUCACCCAUUCAAAGAAGCCGCUCAAGAAGUAGACAGCAAACUGCAGCUUUACAAGGAGAACCGCAGGAGGAAGAAGGAGAGGAAGGAGAAGAAGAGGCAGCGCAAGGGCGAGGAGUGCAGCCUCCCCGGCCUCACCUGCUUCACACACGACAACAGCCACUGGCAGACGGCCCCGUUCUGGAACCUGGGAUCUUUCUGUGCUUGCACGAGUUCUAACAAUAACACCUACUGGUGUUUGCGGACAGUUAAUGAGACGCAUAACUUUCUAUUCUGCGAGUUUGCCACUGGCUUUUUGGAGUAUUUUGAUAUGAAUACAGAUCCUUAUCAGCUCACAAACACUGUGCACACAGUCGAACGGGGCGUUUUGAAUCAGCUACACCUGCAGCUGAUGGAACUCAGGAGCUGUCAAGGGUAUAAGCAGUGCAACCCAAGACCCAAGGGCCUUGAAGUUGGAAAUAAAGAUGGAGGAAGCUAUGACCUGCACAGAGGACAGUUAUGGGAUGGAUGGGAAGGUUAAUCUGCCCAGUCUCACUGCAGACGGCAACUGGCAAGGCCCCGAGGAUGUAUACAACGUGAAUGGAAGCGCCUAUAAGGACAGACA